AAAGAAAAAACUCUUCCAAACUGACUCGAAACUAAGUGUGCGCAGCCAUCUUGGAAAAUGGCAUUGUGGGUGAAGUUGUUAGGGGUUCGUGAAAUAGGCAAGCACUACUGCCAACAUGGCUUCCGAGGGAGCAAAAUUUCCCGUGCAUUCCUCGAAAGGGACGUUUGUAGCAGGAAAACGGAAAAGUUUCAAGACCAGGAGCAAGAAAUGGAAAGCUGAGGCAGCAAGGAAAGAUUUCAUAGGGAACAAGGCCGAAGGCCAGGGGUUUGCAGACAGGAGAAAGAAGAAGGUGAUGUAUGAAUACAGGAAGCUGCUAAACAAGGAGAGGAGGAAACAGGGCGGAACAACAACAACAACAGAGGCAGCAGGAGAUGGGGAGGGGGGGAACACACAGACCAGCACACAGGAACACAAAAGAUUCAAGAAGAAGCCAGUCACAGCGUUCAGUAAGCAACAACAAGAGUUCAAGAGAAAACAGGCAGAGAAAGAACAAAGAAUAAAGGAAGCUGAACAGAGAAGAGAAGAGAGAAUCAAAGCAGCAGCUAAACACAACAAAGAGAGGUGGAAGAGACAUGUCCAACUGGGGAAGGUCAACAAGAAGGGACAGCCUGUCAUGGCCAACAGGAUAGAAUUUCUACUCAAUAAAAUACAGAAGGAAGCUUCUUCAUAGGUUGUAUGUCACAACCUAGGGCUGCGUACCUUUUCGUAACAUCAGAUACAGGUACAGGUACAGAGGUUUAGGUCCAGGUCCAGACCUGUACCUGUACCUGAAAAUUCACGCGUGUCACAUGUUCAACUGAAAUUCUUCAAUAAUGAUAGAAACAUGAAUAAAGUGUUGACAAUUUGUCCUGUAUCUUUCAAAGAACAUCAAAUAUAACCAUGGAUGAUACAACUAGGUUUCCUAUCUCACUUCUCACUAGUUCUCAGAGACGGAAAUUAAGGUAAAUCUCUUUAUUUUAACGCUGGAUGUUCAUUUUCCUGGCAGGCCUCCUUGUGUGUAGUGAUCAAGUAUGAAUUUUUGUUCCGGUCCACCGACGUUUCGGUUUUUUCAGGCCGGACCGAUACUACAACCUGUCAUGGCCAACCGAAUAUAUACAUGUAGUAGAAGCAAAACUUGAAUCAAAACGUCCAGGUGUAAAGAACUUUUAUUUUCAUCAACAUGUAAGGGUCAAGUUUCUCAACAUAAACUGAAUGUAUUAAAGGAAUUGAUUGAGGAUCACCA